UUUGUAAAAUACUAUUUUGCCUUCAUUUCCUGCGUUUUGGAAGAUGUUCACAAAAACAAAAUACCUGAAUUGUUCUGUAUUUUGAUCCGGGUGGCAUAUAAAAGACGGCAGAUUAAAAACUUCGAAGGUAAUUCAUCAUUGGCGUCUCUGUGGUUCAAAGUUACUCUAAAUUCCUGAAAGCGAAAGGGCUUGGACAAUUGAAGGUAUCUCCCUAACCAUGCACGUGAAAAAACGGGGAUCUAGAUAUGGAAUUUAACGGUUGAGAUCUUUGUUCAUGUAGUGCUGGCUUUCCUUAUGAAGAAAUAACUAAAGAAGAAAUUAAUAAGCGGUUAGAAACAGUGAGCGAAAAACUCUCAGAAUGGAAUGUAAUAAGGAAGAGGCCAUCAGGGCUAAAGAAAUUGCGGAGAAGAAGCUUAUGGAGAUGGACAUUUCUGGCGCAAAAAAAUAUGCUUUGAAGGCUCAAAACUUAUAUCCUAGACUUGAUGGUCUUCCUCAGUUUCUGGUAACUCUUGACGUGUACAUUUCUGCUGAGGAAAGAAUAAAUGGAGAAGUUGAUUGGUACAGGGUCCUUGGUGUUGAACCCUUGGCUGAUGAUGACACAAUCCGGAAACAUUUUAGGAAACUGGCUCUUAUUCUUCACCCUGAUAAAAACAAAUCAGUUGGUGCAGAUGGGGCCUUUAAAAUACUGUCUGAGGCCUGGAGUUUGUUGUCUGACAAAGCCAAGAGAAUUGUCUACGACCAGAAGCGAAACCUAACGGGUACAUAUGGAAAAAUCGCCGAUGGGAAAACUUCUGUGGUAGAUGGUCAGAAUUAUUCUAAUAAUCUCUUUAAUGGUAACAAUUUCACUUCAAAGUAUCAGAGAUCUGCUACUCAUCCCAGGCCGGCUCAGACUCCUGAGUCAUUGAAGCCCACAUUUUGGACCGUGUGUGAUUCUUGCAUGAUGCAGUUUGAGUAUCUUAGAACUUAUCUCAACUACAACCUUGUUUGCUCUAACUGCCAUAAGCCAUUUAAGGCUUUUGAGAAGCCACCGCCUGCACCUUUCAAUUUCGAUGGUUCUUCUGCUUCAUGGCUUUCUUACAUGCAGCGACAUAAUUCUGGUCCACAGACAAUGGUCAAUAACCAAUAUGCUCCAGGAAAGAUACCUACUUCUACGACAAAUGCAGGACUAGCAGGAUUCUCCACUUCUGUCUGGUCAAAGAAAACUUUCCAGUCAGGUGCAUUCUCUAAAUCAGGCAAUGUUGUAAAUGCGCCAGCAUCAACUUCCUCUGAUGCUCACGCCUCUGGUGUUUUUCAGCCAGUAUUCAAGCAAUCGAAUGGAGUGCGUGAAGAUGCAGCAGCUGCUGCCAUGAGUGAGGUGGCUUAUCAGGGGAAAGCUCAUGCUACUAUGAAAGCUGGGACUAGUUUUGAAUCUUCCAAUGCUAAUUUCAGUUCCGUUCAGAAAGGAGACAGGCCUAAGAAAAAAAGGUGUGUGGAUAGGCCUAGGAUGGGUAAUAAAGGUAGAGAAAUGGCAGAUCAAAUGGUAAUGGAUGGAGGAUUUCGCAUGGAGAGUGCAUCUAGAACUCAGAAGAGUAGCUUUGAAACAGGAAGGAUGAAUGCUGCUAGAAAACAUAGACUGAAUGUGACAAGGGAGGUUUCACCAGUAGAAAUGCGAAAUAUGUUGAUGGAGAAGGCUAAGAGAGAGAUUCACAAGAAGCUUAAUGAGUGGAGCAUGGACUCUGCAUCAAAGACUUCGUACAAGUCAAAGACUUCAGAGAAGGAGAUUGGAGAGAAGAAUUCAGGAGAGAAGGCACUUGCUGUCAAUGGGGUAAAAGCUGAGAAACAUAGAGCUUUUGUGCAAAACAAAAACACAGCUAACGUUAAAAAGCCUUCCCCUGCCAAUUCUGGUAUUGAUUCUGAUACAAAAGGUGCAGAUCCAAUGUCAAUGAGUGUACCAGAUCCAGAUUUUCAUGAUUUUGACAUGGACCGUACAGAAAAGUCAUUUGGUGAUAACCAGGUUUGGGCUGCUUAUGAUAAUGAUGAUGGGAUGCCUCGUUAUUAUGCUAUGAUUCAUAGUGUGAUAUCUAGGAGACCACUAAAAAUGCGGAUUAGUUGGCUUAAUUCCAAAACCAACGAUGAGCUGGCUCCUCUUAACUGGAUUAGCUCUGGCUUUUACAAGACUAGUGGGGAUUUCUAUGUUGGCAAGCAUGAGAUCAAUCGCUCUCUUAAUUCUUUCUCGCAUAAGGUUAAGUGGAAAAAGGGCACAAGAGGUACCAUUCAAAUAUAUCCUAUGAAGGGAGAUGUUUGGGCUCUUUAUAGGAACUGGUCACCUGAUUGGAAUGAGUUUACCCCAGACGAAGUGAUACACAAAUAUGACAUGGUGGAAGUGCUUGAAGAUUACAGCGAGGGAGGUGUGACUGUUGUUCCGCUUGUUAAAGUUGCUGGAUUCAGGGCAGUUUUCCACCGUAAUUUGGACCCAAGUAAAAUCAGGAGAACAAUCCCAAAAGAAGAAAUGUUUCGGUUCUCACACCAAGUCCCUUCUUACUUGCUUACAGGUCAAGAGGGUCCUAAUGCCCCUAAAGGUUGCUGGGAGCUUGAUCCAGCAGCUACGCCUUUGGAACUUCUUCAUGUAGCAAUGAAUGCUCAGGGCGAAGAGAUGACUGGAAUUGCUGACAAAGCUACGGAAGAAGAUAUAUUAAGGUGCAUGGGAAAACCCAAGGAAGAAGAGCUGGUGAAUAUUGGCAAACCAACCGAGGAAAAAGGUCUGAUAGAAGAUAUCAAAAGAAAAGUUGUGGCGGAAGUGACAAUGAAGGGAAAUGGGACGAAGGAAGAAAAGAUACUAGUAUAUAAUCGGAGACGGUUGAGAGAAGAUAAAAUGGUGGAAAGUGCCAAGUGAAUACCAAAAGUUUUGGCAGUGGAUGAUGCAGGGAUUCUGUUUUUACUCUAGUGGGCAAGAAAAUGGCAGAAACUAGUUUUGAAAACUUACAAGUAUAGGCUUUUCAUUUCAACCCAAAUUGAUUUCGGUUUGAAGUUUGCUUUUCAUUUUGUCAUCUUUUCGGCAAUUAAUCUGAAGACUAAUGGUGACUCAUUAUACUGAUACCAAUUCAGCAGGCUUCAAUUUUUCUUUGUUGGAUACUUUGGAGGAACCACAGUUUUGUUUGAAGUUUUAGGAGGCCUCAAGAUUAAUUCAGCUUUACCAUAAAGUGAAGGGAAGGCCAGUUUACAUGAUAUGCGUUAUUUCUGAAGGUGAUAAUUCAAUAUCUCCAAUAGGCUGCAAAAGUGGAUUUUUAUAUAUUUUCAUUUUAUUACCCUCCAAAAUGCAUAAUUCUUUAAAGCUAGUCAAAUUUGUGUACCAUGAACUCAUAUUUUUAUGGAUACACCUCUUUAUUCCUUCCAA